AUGUCCUCAGCCGUAUCACCACAGGCAUUCGCCCUCGACAGGUCGAUCUUCAACGACACUCUGUACUCCUCGCUGCGCACGUUCUGGUUCCAAGACAUACCGGCAGGCUCCAAAGCAAGCAAUGAAGAGAGCAUGAAACGCUGGUGGGGCAAGGGCCGCAGCUCAGAAGAGUCGCAAGCAAUGGACAAUGAGUGCCGUCAGAAGUUUGGAUCUGCUCUGCGAGCCAUUGGCCCGGAGAACCUGAAAUUGCCCGACUUCAAGUCUUAUGAUGAGGAGCUUAAGCAUGCAUCGGAGCUGUCGAAGCCAUUUGUAGACGAAGUCGAGGCCGCACAGAAAAGUGGAGGCGAGGACAAAGCAGCAGAGACUCUGCUCUCGCUGGUGCUGCUGCUUGAUCAGAUGCCACGGCAUGUACACCGUGAUCCGGCAGGACUACAGCUCGUCUACGGGCACUACGACCGUCUGUCUUGGAGUUUGUUGCGUAGUCGACUCGCGGCCGAGCCAGGUCUGUUCCAGCAGUCGUACUUUCGAGGGAAUCCGGUCACGGUCUCUUGGCUUGGCAUGCCUCUGAUGCAUGCAGAGCAUUUGGAGUCACAGCAGAUGGCGCUGAGGUCGAUGGAGAAGUGUCAUGAAGAAGCAGUGAUCGCUGGUGAUAAUGCUGCAGCGGCGUCCGCGGAGAAGUCGUUCGCUCCCGCGAAGUCCCAUCUUGACAUUGUCUCUCGCUUUAAACGAUUUCCUCAUCGGAACGAGGCCUUGGGACGACAGAAUACUGCUGACGAGGCUGAGUGGUUGAAGACUGGAGAAACGUUUGGCGUGAAGCAGCAUCAGGAGUCGGACGAGAGUGUGAACGCGGAGCUCUGA